CAGAAUCGUGUUACGAGUUGUCGCUUAGAGAUAUUGUGGCGGAAGAUUCGGAUGACUUCGGGUUAACGAUGGGAGAAAUGGUGGAUACGAAGCCUAAGGCGAAGGCAAAGAAGAAGGGUCCGAUUUCAAGGAGCGUGAGCCUUGAUACCGGAGUUUUUCUUCUCAAGAUGUUUAUCCCGAUGAGUUCGUUUGGCUUGAAGAAACAUAAGCAGACGUCUCGAAGCAUGUCAACGGAUGGUUCUAGAAAAUAUCCCGUCGACGUGAAACAAUAUUGGAAGACUUGGCUUUUUGUUGAAAACAAUAAUACCGUUAGUAGCAGAUUGUCAGACAAUAAUAAAGACCGUUCUACUACAGUCAAAAUCAGGUAUGGAAGAUAUUGGUUCACAAGUAAAUCAACAAACCAAAAGGGAUGCAUCUUCUUUUGAGCAUUGAAAACCUCAACAACCAUAACUUAUUCACAUGUGAUUAGGUUUUUGGAAAAUCAGUUUCAUUCUUAUAUUCACAUGUUUGAAUAAAAGAUUAA